AUUACCAUGGAAGAAGGUCACCUGCACGCACUGGAACUGGAAAGAGAGAAUCAGAGCCACAGCAAGAAGUUGGAGCGUCUGCAGUCCCAGUUGGAACAGGAGAAACAGACAACUCAGGACAUGGAGAACCUUGGAGAGGAGCUGCUAAAAGACAAACAAAGACUGGAAAAAACUCUAGAGACAAUCCAGGCAGAUAAAGACAGACAGAUCUCAGAGUUGGAGCAGGAGAAAGAGCACCUGACCCAGGCCAUGAACUCCCUCAGGAAACGUGCUCAGGUGAACAGCGAGGCGCGUGUGAGGGAGGUGGAGACAGAAAACCGUGUUCUCCACCAGACCAUCUCUGAAACUGGCAGUAAACUGGCUCGUCUGGAGGCUGAGAAACGACAGGCGACUAAAGAGCUUGACUCUCUCCGUGAGCGAGGAGAGCACUGUGAGGAGUUGGAAAGGGAGGUAACACGUCUGGAGCGAGUCCGAGAACAGCUACAGAGGCAAGCUGCCUCCUUAAAGAUUGGCAGUGAACGCGCCGAGGCCCUGGAGCGUGAGAACGCUACUCUGGAACAAGACAAUAGGCGGCUGAAGAAGCUGGCUGACGCGGCGCAGAACACCAGCCUUCGCUUGGCUGUUCUGGGGAAGGAUCACCAGCAACUUGAGGAGGAGAACCUGGAGCAGCGACGUGCCUUGGAGACCCUGCGGCCGGCUGCCGCUCGCCUGGCUCAACUACAGCAGGAACAUGCCGAACUAGAGCGGGAACACGAGGAGAUGUGCCGCACGCUGGAGGAGCUCCGCUCCCAGGCCAAGAGAAGUGAAAGACUAGAGAAAAACUACAGCAGUCUGAGCCAGGAAAACCAACGGCUCCAGCAGACCCUGGACAACAGCGCCACCAAGAUUCAGGGUCUAGAGGGCGAGCUGAAGCAGAAUGAGGCAGAGAUGAAAGAUCUGCGGCGAGAGUUGGAGGGGUUGAGGCAGAUGGUGUCAUGGGCAGAAGCAGUGGAGAAAGAGAAGAGAGGAAUGGAGCAGGAAUUGGGCCAGGUGGAGAAGGAGAAGAAGCAGCUGGAGAAGGAGACACGUAGGUUGAGGCAGCAGUUGGAGGUGAAGGAGACAGCGCUGGAAGAGAACUGCCUCAGGCUGGCUAGCAUGGAGAAAGAAAGCACGGCUCUCAAUAAAGAGUUGGGCCGCCUUAAAGAGGCUGCAGGGAGAUAUAAAGAGCUGGAGAGAGAGAACAAAGACCUGCAAAAACAGGCCACCAUUGAUAAGAAGACUCUGGCCACACUAAGAGAG